AAUCAGAGUCAGUUGACAGCUGGAUUUUUUGCCGUUUUCGCCUGACGCGUUUUCGGUUUUAGCGUGGAAUUUCAAUACCGUCUAGCCUUGGCUCAUUCACAAUUUUCGACUGGGAUUGAUGGAUAUAGAUCAGUAGUUUCUAAAUAAAGGAAAAUAAGUUGAGAGGGAAAGGAGAGGUUGACCAACUUUUCUCCUGCGGCGUCUGAGUUUCUAAAUUUAGGGAAGUUGAACAAACUUUUGCUUUUUUCUGUUGUUGUGAGAUUUCUGUCGCUUUCAGACUUUGGCGUUUCAUAUGGAAAUGAACAUCGACCCUGAAGAAUACAGCAAUUGGGACAUUGUAAAGGCGACACAGUAUGGAAUAUUACCAAGAUGUAAAGAAUUGGUUGAAGGAGGUUAUGACGUUCGAUCACCGGAUGCAGAGAACAUUACUUUACUACACUGGGCAGCCAUAAAUAACAGACAGGACAUAGCCAGGUACUACAUUUCUGCUGGAGCGGUGGUCGAUGUCUUAGGAGGCGACUUAAUGGCGACACCCAUGCAUUGGGCCAUUAGAGAAGGACAUUUACCUAUGGUGGUGCUGCUAAUGCAAUAUGGUGCUGAUCCAAAUGUCCGAGAUGCAGAGGGAUGUGCUUCAAUACAUGUUGCAGUUCAGUGCAGUCACUCGAAUAUAGUAGCGUAUCUGAUUGCGAAGGGAGUGGAUCCUGAUUUGUAUGAUGCAAAUGGGAAGACACCUCUUAUGUGGGCAACAUGGAGAACAUUUGGAAUCGACCCUACGAGAAUGCUACUUUCAAUGCAUGCAAGCGUCAACUUUCAAGACGAACAUCAACAUAAUACUCCGUUGCAUUAUGCAUGCAUGUCACAGAAUUCGAACGUCUUGAUGGCUCUUGUGAAUGCCGGUGCUGAUUUAGAAGCUAAAAAUAACAGGGGUGAAACUCCUCUCGACAUAGCUCGAAUGAAGAAAAAUGUUUGGAUCAUUUCAAAAUUAACAGCAAUGCGGAAAGACAAAGGUCUCGAUUCAAGAAUGCCAACAUUUUUAAGAGGAUUUAAUACUUCUCAGUGGAGGAAACGUGCUGCACUUGUGACUGCAUUUUUUGCAAUAUUUUCUGUUGGAUUUAUAUUUAAUAUUUCAUCGGCAACCUGGUUGUUAAAGUGUAUAUUACUCGUUCUGGCGUAUGGUUUUAUUCAUGUUAUGGCCAUGUUUUGUGUUACACAGCAUGAAAUGGUCAGUACAUUUCCUAUUUGUAUUUCGUUCGCAACAAAGUUCUGGGUCUACAUGACAUCAUUCUUCUUCUUCUGGCCGGUCAUCAGUUCCAUGUUUGCUCAAUUAUUGUUUCUCAUCUUCACUCCUGCUAUGUGGUAUUUCUUUUAUAAAGCAAUGAUGACAGACCCAGGUAUCAUAUCAUGCCAAGAAGAACAGAAAAAGAGGACGAUAAUUCGUGCAGCUGAGACUGAUAGCUUGAUGAUCGAGAAGUUCUGCAGUACUUGCAUGGUAAUGAAGCCACUUCGAUCAAAGCAUUGUGCUGUCACAAACAAAUGCAUAGCGAAAUUCGAUCAUUUUUGUCCUUGGGUUUAUAACACAGUGGGUGCAGGAAAUCAUCGUUAUUUCAUUGGAUAUUUAUUAUUUUUACUCGGAAUGUUGACUUGGAAUGUUUGGGCAUCUUUUCAAUACUGGCAUGUGAUGUGUGCAAUACCAAAGGGAUCUACAAUGCUCGAACAACUUACUUUAAUACCAAAAUGUUCACCAUGGGUUUUCUGGAUUUUUGCAAACUGUGUAUUUCAUACUGUAUGGGUUUUCCUCCUGUUAUCAUGUCAGUUAUAUCAGAUUGUAUGGCUGGGAGUUACAACAAACGAAAGGAUGAAUGCAUCAAGAUAUGCUCAUUUCAGAACGUCAGAUCAUGGACAUUUGGAGAAAAGUCCUUAUAAUCGAGGAUUUCUCAACAAUACAGCUGACUUCUUUGAAUGCUCGUUAUUAGGUCUUCUACGUCCUGUUAUAGUGGAUUGGAAAACCAAGAUGGAAUUUGGGUCUGAAUUCAGUGAUCCUAUGAAAUCUAAAAUUUAUGAAACUGUUUGAAAGAACUUCAUAUUAAAAGCAUGGAAUGUUGAAAUUAACAUAAAGCACGAAGUCUCAGGACGGGAAUUCAUUCUUUUUUAGCUUAUGUGAACAAUUUCAACUGAAUGAAUAAUGCUCACAAUUCUGUAUCUGUGAUUCUGAAACUUUCUCUAUUCAUGGAUCCCUUCCGCAGAAUCCCACGCUCUUCUAUUUUAAAAAACUAGUUUU